UUUUACUCACGGCAUGGGUGGCGCUGCGGUGAAAACGUCCGUGGAUCAACAGAACAGGCAGCAGAAUAAACAAAUGAUUCCGGUUUUCUUGACACUAGGCACUACUCCCACCGAAGUUCCCGGACCUGUGUUACGGUGUUACGACACCGUGAUCUCUUUGUGCAGAUGUGUGUCAUAUGUGUAACAUGACGUUACGUGGAGCAUGGCCGUGGUAGAACGUCACCGCACGAGGCACGAGCAUAACCUAUCCUCGAAUGCCACGCGUACCGUACGUUUACAUCCCGUUCUUCCAUUGCAUUCCACACGGAACGGUGGCAUGUCUCGAUCCUCCCGUCUUAUCUGCCUAUUGUGAUACCGGUUUAUGACCGGACGGAAAGAGUAACAACGCUCGUGGCCGAUCUCCGCGCGAUAUCCACGCGAAGGCGACGGUAGCCCGGAUCCGGAAUCCAGAAUGGCUUCGUCGGCGACAACGAGGCGUUUUAAACUAUUGUUUUGCGCUCUCGGUAUUUUUGUAUGUUACUUUUACUUCGGCAUGCUGCAGGAAAAGAUUACGCGAGGACAGUAUGGAGAUGCGAAGAACGGUGAAAAAUUUACGUAUAUGUUUAGCUUGGUUUUUGUGCAAUGUUUCGUCAAUUAUUUGUUUGCCAAGGCUGGUUUGAUGACGAUCAUGAAACAGCAGGGUGAAGAUACCACUCCAAAACUAUAUUACAUACUCUCUGCUCUCACAUAUUUGCUCGCUAUGGUAUGCAGUAACAUGGCAUUGCAAUUUGUCAGUUAUCCAACUCAAGUAAUUGGAAAAGCUGGAAAACCAAUUCCUGUCAUUAUACUUGGAGUAUUAUUGGGAAACAAGGUGUACCCGCCCAGAAAGUAUGUGUUCGUCUUCUUGGUCGUUACUGGUGUAAUUUUAUUCAUGUAUAAGGAUGGACCUCCGAAGAAACCAAUGGAUGCUGCGGGACAAACGGGAUUUGGAGAACUCUUGUUGUUAUUGUCGUUAACGAUGGAUGGUAUAACCAGUGCCGUGCAGGAAAGAAUGAAAGGAGAGCACAACACUAAAUCCGGGCAUAUGAUGUUGAACAUGAAUUAUUGGUCCGUGAUCUUUAGUACUGUGGCUAUCGUAGCCAGCGGGGAGGUGUUCCAAUUCGUUCGGUUCUUGCAAAGAUAUCCUGCAACUUUAUGGCAAAUAGUGACCGUUUCCAUAGCUGGAGCAUUCGGGCAAUACUUCAUAUUCUUCACUAUCGCAGAAUUUGGUCCGUUACCGUGUUCCAUCAUAACUACAACGAGGAAACUGUUCACGGUGUUGGGUUCCAUAAUUAUUUUUGGGCACAGCCUGUCCACCAGACAAUGGUUGGGUACGUGCAUAGUGUUUACCGGAUUGUUCCUGGACGCUGUGUAUGGUAAAACCGACAGGUCCUCCAAAAAAGAAGUAGCGAAAUAGCGGAUCGACGUGAACGCGUGGACGCGUUCAUUCGAUCGCAUUUACUUCUUACCCCGCGAGCGGUCGUAAAUCUUUCGAUGUAACAUGACCGCCUCGCAUCUUGACGAUGCGUUUCUCGCGUUGCGGUGAGAUGUUCGCGAGCGACAGAAUUCUAAAGUCCGAAAUCUUCGCGAAAGCGAUCUCGUGGCUUCUUGAUUUUCGCUCGCGAUGAUCUAUCGAUGUAUACGUGGCACCGAUGCGUACUUACGUACGAGCGAAGAAAAUUGGAACGAGCGAUAGAUCGAUCUAACUAUUAUCUCCAAUUCUUAAUAAAUAUGAUGCGUAUGUAUUACUUUUCUGUGUGUAUGUAUGCGUGUCGCGUAUAUAUACAUGUGCCGUGUGUAUGUGGUACAAUGCGAAUCGCGUGUCUGAUGUUUGUACGUGUUUUUUCAGAUCGAUCCUUUCGUAAACUUCGUCCGACCGUUUUCGUUUCGAACUCGAUUCGUGAUCGAGUUGUUCGUACGCACGGUAAAUUCAUUCCAAUGACAUAAUAAUUUUUUCGAUGUAUGAAAAUCACAGAACCGAUAAUCGAUUACCGAAAUAAAAGAAAAGCUCUGAA